AUGUACUAUAACAGGGUUUCCCUUUCUCAUGUAACCAGCAACCCAUCUUUGGUGAAGACAAGGUACAUAAUGGUAGUGAAAGAUUCAGAUGCUAAUGGUGAAGCAUGGCUUUCUCUGUUCAAUGAACAAGCAGAGAGAAUAUUUGGGUGCUCUGCUGAUGAGCUUAAUAAGCUGAAAUCACAGGGAGAAGAGAACCUAUUCCAACAGAAAUUGAAGGAAGCUAUUUGGGUCCCUCAUCUUUUCCGGAUUAGUGUUGCACAACAUGAGUACAUGAACGAGAAAAGGCAGAGGAUAACAGCCAGGGCUGUUGUUCCAGUUGAUUAUGCAGCUGAAUCCAAAUUACUGUUAGAGGAGAUAUCAAGGAUGAAGACUUCACAAUAG